GCAUGCCUACCAAGCCGAGAGGGCCCCUUUCCUACGUCCCUAUCGCGCAAGGACGUGGCCGCGCCCCCUCAGCCCGCAGGAGCCCCCAGGGCAGCGAUCUCUGCGUCCCGUCAAGGCCCUGGUUGUUAUUCCCUUGGCACUCUCGGGCGCGCAAGAAGCGCUGCGUGGUGGUGGUGGUUGUCUGAACCCGGCUGCUGCCUUUCCCGCUGCGCCCCAUUCCUGCGUGCAGUCAGCAGAGGGAGGAGCAUCAGCGAUGCUCGCGGCAACCGAGAGCAGACAAUGGGAAGGGCUCAGGAGGACCCGGCGUCGGAAGGGGCUUGGCGUGUGCCAGUUCAAUAUCAGCCGGCCAGGUGUGGUGCGAGCUCACGAGCGCGCCAUGCGGUUCUGAUGCUUCCCGAGGGGGGAAAAAUUGCAGGUGCAGGACUACAGGGGAUCAUCUCUUUUGGCUGAAAGAGCACCUGAGGCUUGGGGUGUUUAUAUUGGGAUUUAUUUACAGAUAAUCAGGGGUCUGCAACCUGCGGCUCUCCAGAUGUUCAUGGACUACAUCAGCCCCUGCCAGCAUGGCCAAUUGUAGGGGGGGGACUCUAAGCAGCACCAGCAGCAAAUCCUCAAAGGGGUUUUUACGUUCAGUGGACUCACUCUUUUGGCUUGUACCUCUUGUCUCCAAAAUCAAAACUGUCCAGGAACUGUUUCUUUAAAGCUCUCCAGGGCAAGCCUAUAAGAAUGAAGCAAUUAGCUUUGCCAGUUGACCUCCUCCAUCAGCUGAGCAAACAUGGUGUGUCAUCCGUCACUCUUGAAAGGAUCCAUGGAUCACUUCCUCAAAUAUGGAAGCACAGAUUGAUCAUAGAUGGAAGGGACCAUACAGCCCAUCUAGUCCAACCCCUUGCUCAGUGAAGGAUUGACUUAAAGUAUCUCUAUCAAUUGUUCAUCCAGUUGCUCCUUGAGGGCUGCCAGUGAGGAGGAGCUGACAUAGUAAACUUAAGUGGAAGAAUAUUCACCCUUUUUUAUAAUGAUGUGUGCCAGAGAAUACCCUAGAUGAUGUUCAGAAGAUGGGUACCAUUUGCCAGUUAGCACGGUUACACUGAUGUCAGACAUCUGAUCAGCUGACGCCCUGUUGCCAUGAGACAUCACAUCUGCUGAAGGCUCCCAUUACUAACAAGCCAAUAUUAAUUAUUUAUGAAAGUGGCCAUCGCUGUGACAUUCAUGAAAACGCAUGUGGAAAAAUCAAUGGAUGCACUCUUCAGGCAAAGUCUGGAGCAAUGGAACUCUUUAAUUUGUACGACAUCAGUGCUAUAGUUCACACCAAAUCUGCAGAGAGAAUUAUUUCACCCAUGGUGACUGAACUUUACCAUUUAAUUAUAGCCAUAGAGUUGGGAGAUGUGCAUUAUGAAGCACUGGCUGGUUUGGAGGAGACUGCAAAUGAGUUAGAGAAAGCUACUGAACAACUUGCUUGUAUUGCAAGAAGACUGGCUGAACAAUCUGAUGAUGAGGUGCUCAAGCAGGAAAUGAAGCUGGCUGCCAAAUCUCUCUUGAUCGCUGGGAAAAGCUUCCUUCUGGUGGUGCAGAAGCUUCUAAUUCAACCUGAUGUUGAAAAUGGUAUAGAGGAACUGGUUAUAUCUGCUAAAAGGAUUCUAGCGGAAACUCUAAAAGUCCUCCAAACAGAAAAUGAUGUCAUGUUCGGAAGGGUAAUCCAAGCUGCCCACCGGCUUUUGGACCGUUUGUUCAGUCUAGAGUCCACUGAAAAAAUCUCAGCAAUGCGGGUUGCAUUCCAUAAUUUUUCAGAAGCGUUGCUAUUGUUGACCAGUUUGACUGAAAGACUCCUUGGGGAGCUGAAAGUAUCUCCUCAUCAAAAGCAUUUGACUCAAACCCUGCAGAUGCUCAAAAAAUGCAUCCCUAUGCUAUAUUCAGCAAAAUUCAGCCACCUGAAGUACCCCAGUGAUCAGCAAGUGAAGCUGUCAAAAACCUAUAUUUUUGAUUUAGUAGAAAACAUUGUGGAAGAACUGAUCUCCUUACUAAAGUAUGAUGUAGGGAAAAAGAAUAAUCGUGGACAAAAUGGCCUCUUCCCCCGUCAUUUGCACAAGCUUUUGAGGCUUCUGUCCAGGCCACAGCCAAUAGAUCUCUGUGAGGGUAAAUUCGAUGUCCUUGUAGCAGUUGUUGUUUUCUAUUGCAUGCUGUUGGCUGAUUUCUCAAGGGCAACUAUUAAAGGGAAGCUGGUCAAACUCUGCCAUCACCUCCUGAUACUCAGAAAAGCAAUUGCCAUGGGUGUAAGAACUAAAGAGGGCUUCCCUGUGGAAAGCCAGCUGGAGAAAAGCAUAAAAGAGAAAUGCUGUUCUAUGAGAGGCGAGCUGGAAAAUCUAAAUCAAGCUGUACAGACUGCUGUUCUCUAUCAGAUCCUGGACAAUUUUGCAGAACCCAAAGAACCCAUGAAGAGGUUGGUAGAAGCUGCUGCGGAGCCAGGUUUUCAAGCUAGAAAGGGAGGAGUUCUAAAAGAAUUGCAGCCCCUCAUUACUGCAUUCUUCUGCCAUUCCAUUCAAAUGCUCAAAGCAGUGAAUUUUGUUCUAGUCACCUGCACCAAAAUGGAAACCAUUGAGGAGCUUGAAGACUGUGUACACCAUCUGAGUAAGCUUCUUGCCACAGUGCCUGUUCUUCUCAGCAAAAUGAGUCACAAUCCUGAUAAUGAAGAUGUGCCUGAAAAACUGUAUUCUUUGUGUCAAGUAUGGUCUAGCACAAUAGAAUGCUUGCUGAUGUGUUUUGACAAGGUAAUUGACCUCCGGGAGUUCCUUGAUUUAUCUGUUCAGGAGAUGGUGGGACACAAAGAGUGUAGUGAAAAAGCUUUAGUUGAUCAGCACUCGGGAGAGUUUUCUUGGCAUGCAUCCAGUCUUUCCAAGCAAGCAACACAAGUGGUUGAGUUUGUUACCAGACAUGUGGAUAGAGCCAGAGAUCCCAUUUUCCGCAACGGACUCUUAGUUUUAAUCAGACAAUUGGAAAAUGCAAUAUUGCUGGUAAAAAUGGCCAUGGACCAGUGUGUGGCAGGUAGCUCCAGUCCGCAAGCAAAGAAUACUUAUUCAAGAAGAGCAAAACGUUUGAUUGAGUCUACUUGCAAUGUCAGAAAGGGGCUAGAUGAAUGCAAUCAACCAGAUAUUCUCAGCCCUCUUCGGGAGACUGUUCGAAAUCUCGAUAUUUCCAAACACCCCAUUUGUGUCAGUCCCCAGGAUUCUUUGGAGCUCAGUUCACAAAACACGUUAAAGCAAAGCACUACAGACCACUCAGAAGUACUGGGCGGGUUCUCAGACACAACAUAUCCAGUCCUCAGUUUUUCCCAAAAGGUUUCUGAAGGAAGUGGUCUAUGUGCCAAAGAUGAAGCUAGGAAAACAGACUUAAACCCUCUGAUUAGCGAGCUCCUCAAAGCCACAAAGUCACAUAACAUUGCAAAGCUGAAUGGAGCUUGUUCGGAUUUACUGGAACUUUCUACCUGUUGUGUCGAUGCAGUUGAAGAGGCCUUGCAACUAGCCAACUCACCUGUGUUGGAAAAACUGUUGCAUUAUAGAGAAAUAGGAGCAUUAACCUCUCAUCUCAUCAGCUUAGCCGAAGAGGUCAGCCCUAACUCUAUUUGCAGCUCAGAGAGGCUUCUGCAAAUGGCAGAUUCGCUCUCCAAGAGGAUUCAUGAAGCUAAGCAAAGCCUGACCAUUGUUGCAAGCUCUUGGUACAGCCUCUCUAAACAGUUAUUUUGCAUUGUUUCGCCUUGUGAUUUCAUUCACAACUCUCAAACAAUGGAUGAAAUAAUGCAGAUGUUAGGGACUGUUGUGCAGCUGGCUGGCAAAGCAACCUUUUUGAAUCAUGAUGAGGAGCUGCCUGUAUCUUCUGGGAUUUGUGAAUCUUUUCUGAAGAUGCAGACAAAAUUCACUUGUGUACAGGCCAGGACAAAACACUUGCUGGAAAAGGUACUUCCUGGCGUUAACACCCCCUCUGACGUAGGCAAACUGGAGAGUUUUGAUGGGAACUGCAUUCUGUGGUCCAUCACCAUCCACACAUUCUUAGAUGUGGUUGAUCAGUUUAUAGGAAGGGAUGUUUUGUCGUUAAAUGAGUUAAAAACUAAGCUGAAAUACCAGGUUUGCAUGCAGAGCACCAUGGAAACCAUAUCGAAAAGUUCUUUGAGGCUGCAAAAUGUGGCCAAAUUAUCUUUUCCAUUGUGUGCUGAGCAUGGUCUUGAGGAUGAGAUGGUAGUGCUAAGGGAACAGAUGCAAAUACUGACUGAAUCUCUGCUUCAAGUUGCUGAUGUCCUGUCUGUCUCUCCCCUGCCCACCGCCAACUUAUCAGUUCGUUUUGAGCUUCUCCAAAGAGAACUUGCCAUAACCGCCAAAGUGCUUCUGCUUCGACUGAGUAGGAUCCACAGAGUGUACCUGAACAGCAUCCAGAGUGUCAUCAGACUUGCCCAACCUGUGACACAUGAUAAUAAAUGUGAUGGUCACAAAAACAACCAAGAGGUAUUUGAAAAAAAUGCUGGUCAACUCAUGGCAAACGUUCAGAUGGUGAAAAAGAUAAUUGGGGAUGCUUUUGAGAAUCCAGCGUCUUUUAAGGUGAAAGAGAAUUUGAUCUCUACUGUAAAUCACCUUCUGUUCCUCACUGACAAAGCGAUAUGGAGAGCUGGGAAACUACAAAGUGAGCUGGACAAGGAGCAUCUCCUAGAAGAUGAUCUUCUUCAUGAGUGGUCUUCUGAAGCUGGUUAUCUUGUAACACAGCUCCAGUCUACAAAGGGUAUCAGCAGAACAGCCCUGGACAUCAUUGGGAGAUGCUUGCAAAAUGAAGGGGAGCAUAUUCAUUCAAGUCAAACUGUCUGCAAUAGUCAGUCUUCCCCACACAGAGAGGUAGACAGCGGAAAUCAUCAGAAUCCAGCUGCCCUGAGCCAGAGACCCAUGAAGACUGGGCAGAAAGCUUCACUCAUCAGAGAUAUAAAUAAAAUGCCACCCAGAAGUGAUCUCCAAAGUGGUAACCAGUUACAUCAUUCUGAUGGAGGUUUGACAGCCAGCCCUACAGCUUCCUCGGGGGAUUCUGAAAAAUGGUGGCAUGAUGACUGUCCAGUUUCACAAGUGGCCAAGCAAAUGACCACUCAGAUGUCUUACAUGGCCCAGUUUCUAAAAAGGAAGGGUCCAAUCACGACCAAAGAACAGCUCAUUGCUUCUGCUGCACAGAUCAUUUCUGGAGGGCAAGCAUUGUUGAAAUUUUCUGGCAUUGUUGCAAAGAACUGCCUAGAUAAAAGAUGUGCUACAGAGCUGCAGUACGCUAUACAGCAAGCCAAGACAAUUAGCUAUCAACUUAGCAUCAUUUCCAGGGUGAAUGCAUCAACAGGAAAAAGCAGGCUGUCUGCAGAACAUCUAGUGAGCAAUGCCCAGAACUUAAUUCAAGCAGUAUUUCAGAUAUUAAAGGUGACUGAAGCAGCUUGUUUCACAGGUCUGCAGCAGCUGCCCCCUGAUUCAGAAGAAGCUGACGUAGCUGCUUUUUGCAUCCAGUGGAGAAAAAGGCUGUGGCAACACAGGAUCAAAGCAGCUUCCAGUUCAGACCGAGAUGAGCUGGGACUCCGUAAAGCGAAAACAGAGGCAAGGGAUCCGAAUCUCCACCUUCGGCUUCUGGUAUGGAUCCACUUAACUAUCGGCUCGAUAUUUUUAGCAAGGCCUCUUUCCAAAUAUUUUGAAAACCAUUCACGAUUUGUAAAAUGCCUACCACAUGGAAAUAUAGUCUGUGACUGAA